CAGUGUACCUGGACACAAAAUGCUUCAGUGCUCCAUCCCCACGGGAUGGGGGCAGUGUGUUGGGAGGUCUGUGCCAAAACACUGUGUGUAUGCCCCACAGGACACCUGACCUUUGCUCUGGGACAGUCUGCUGCUAUGGCAGACCCCCCUGGUUGCUGCUCUGUCUGUGCCACCUGCCUGCUCUGCCCCUACAGCUGCCAGUGGAUCACUGCCAAGAAGGAGAAGAGGAAGGGCUUGAGAACCACCAAGUAUGACUGCAGCUGGUUCUUUUUCCUCUUCGGCGUCUUCCUCUUCACGCUGGUGUGGCUCUACUUCGCUAUCAUCAUCCUCAAUGAUUUCCACAACUUCAACGAAUUCAUCUUCAGGCAGAAGAAGCUGUGGCUAGACUGGUCCUUGGUGCUGCUCAUAGCUACGGCUGUGCUGAUCAGCUACUCCUCUGUGCUGCUGAUCCUCGCUUUGUGCUUGCAGCUCUGCGGCCAGCCCUUGAAGCUACACUGGGUGCACAAGAUCCUGCUGAUCCUAACUGCCCUGGUGGUGGCUGCAGCCUUCACAGGGCUGGGAAUAAAGUGGGCGGAGGAGUGGAAAAGUGCACGUAUUUCCCUGCAGGCAACAGGUCCCUUCCUGCACAUUGGAGCUGUGGGGGGAAUGACACUCCUUGCCUGGCCCCUGGCCAGCUUCAUCUAUCGCACCCGCAGUACAGGUCUCAGGGUGUUUCUGCUGAUUGUUUACUGUGCAGCGAUGAUUGCACUAUACCUGGCCCCAUUGGGAAUCACCUCCCCCUGCAUCAUGGAGGAGAAACAGCUGCCCCCCAAGCCAGCCCUAUUUGGCCAUCGAGGAGCACCCAUGCUGGCCCCCGAGAACACCCUCAUGUCACUGCACAAGGCGGUGGACUGUGAUGUGCAAGUCUUUGAGACAGACGUCAUGGUGAGUGCUGAUGGGGUCCCAUUUCUCAUGCAUGACGAGGAACUCACCAGGACUACCAAUGUGCAGGCUGUGUUCCCUGAGAGGGCUGCCCUGAACAGCACUGCCUUCAACUGGACAGAUCUCCAGCAGCUGGAUGCUGGCAGCUGGUUUCUGGAGCGGAGGCCAUUUCCCACUGUGCAGAGCCUUUCUCCUGGUGAUCGCAAGGAGGCAGCUGAACAGAGGAUCCCGUCCCUGGGACAGGCUCUAGAGGCAGCCAAGCAGAGCAACAUCUCUAUCAUGUUUGACCUUCGGCCUGAGAACCACAGUGACUACCAGAACUUUGUCAAUGUCACCCUGGAAGUGAUUUUACAGUCAGGCAUCCCGCUGCAGCAGAUCCUCUGGCUUCCGGAUGGGUUCAGGGAAGACGUCAAACAGCAGGCUCCAGGUGUCCAGCACAUUUACGGCCGGAAGAGAUUCAUGAACGAGAAGGAGCCAGUACUGCAUGUCAAUCUGCCCUACCAGGACAUGAGCUCUGAGGAGAUCAGGCAGUACCGCCAGGACAACAUCUCUGUCAACUUGUAUGUGGUGAACCAGCCCUGGCUCUUCUCUAUGCUGUGGUGCUCAGGCGUGAGCUCUGUCACCACCAAUGCCUGCCAGGUGCUGAAGGAGAUGAAACACCCCAUCUGGCUGCUUCCCAGCAGCACAUACUUCAUGAUCUGGGUCGCUGUAGACUGCGUUUCCUUCCUUAUCAUCAUCUGGGCCUUCUUCUUGAUGAAGAAAUGUUCCCACAGAACACGGCCAGCGGAGUCUGAGACGGAUGUGCUGCUCACAAAGAUCAACAGCUUGAUGCAAGAGUGACACCUGCGUCAGCUGUGGGGAGGGGCAGCCAGAUCCCUGCACAGCUCAAGCGGGGAGCCCUCCUCAGGCCAGCUUCGAGGCUCCUUUCCUUCGAGGCUCCUUUCUACCGUGGCCUUCUUGGCUCUUUCAUGGUGCACAGCUGCCCUCAGCUGAAAAGACUUGGAACUGGGUUCUCAUUUCCCACUGGCAGCAAGGAACUACAGCUUUGCAGGGGUGGCCUAGGGGCAGAGUAUUUAUCCAGUAGUGCUGGAGCUGAGACCUCUCCCUUGGAGUUUGGACAGGAGCAGGGAUUUGGGUCGCUGUUUGGUGCAGGGGAAGGGCUGUAUCUGCCUGUUGUCAGCAGCUCUGCAGCCAGGGAUGGGGCACCUGGUUUAAGGGCUGCUCCUCUGGGGGCUGCCCUGGCCCAUGGCCUGAGGAAUAGGAAGGGGGAUGUGGAGCGGCUUUUCACAAGACAAAGGGGAAUCCCAGCUCUUCACCCUCCCAUCCUGGACUGAAAUGGUGUCCUUACUGUUGCUGGCUUCGUGUUCAUGGGACAGGGUCUGGCACUCCAUGUAGCUGUUAAUGCCUGUUGCUCGGGGAAGAAAAUGAGCAGGGCUGGGGGUGGUGGGUGUCAGAGGCUGGCAGGACCGCGCUCACGGUCCUGCUGCUGCUCCAGGGCAGCAGAGGGAGCGGUGGGACUCGGUAUCGGUCACGUUGCAACAGGGCCUUGAACGGGGAGAGGGGUAUCGUGUCUGUUUGACUUGUCGCUGUCUAUUUAUGUCAAUAAAGCAGAGGAGCGGCAGACA